UCUACACUAAUUAGACAUCACCAGCAUCUCACCACCGUGCCGGUGACCGAGUUCCGGUCUGUUUCCAACUCGAAACUCAGUCCCUUUCCCCAUUUCAAUUUCCCCUUCUUCUCCCCGCAUCGCACAAUCCAAACUUCAUUUCCUUCUUCUUCGCGCUUCGAUUGGAAGAAGGAAGCUUCAUAAUUGAGUGAGAGUUCAAAGCGGAAAAGAAAAAAUGGGUUCCGAAUUGAUUUUCAGAGGGCACGAGACUCAGCCCGUGGACGACGCUUACUCGCCGAAGCCCCUCAAACCGUGGCUCUCCGUGACUCGCCCGAUUCGCUACAUGCUCCGAGAACAGCGACUCGUCUUCGUUCUAGUUGGCGUCAUCAUAGCCACCUUGUUCUUCACUCUCGUCCCUUCCUCAUCCUCCUCCUCACCCUCCUCGACGGUUCCAUUCGAGCCGCAUCCGAUCUCAUACUUCGAGCGCGAGACGAAGCUGCCCGCGUUCCACCACCGUGUUGCGGCGGUGCAUUCGGUGGGGAAGGUGCCGUUGGGGAUUAAGAGGAAGGGGCUACGGAUCGUAGUAACGGGCGGGGCAGGGUUUGUGGGGUCGCACUUGGUGGAUCGGUUGAUGGCGAGAGGGGACAGCGUGAUUGUUGUGGACAAUUUCUUCACUGGAAGGAAAGAGAACGUGAUGCACCAUUUUGGGAACCCUAGAUUCGAACUCAUCCGCCACGACGUCGUUGAACCUCUCUUGCUGGAGGUGGAUCAGAUCUACCAUCUCGCUUGCCCUGCCUCCCCUGUUCAUUACAAGUUCAACCCUGUCAAGACUAUCAAGACCAAUGUGGUGGGAACCCUCAACAUGCUGGGUCUUGCUAAGAGAGUGGGUGCGAGGUUCUUGUUAACCAGUACCAGUGAGGUUUAUGGAGAUCCUCUGCAGCACCCUCAGAAGGAGACUUAUUGGGGCAACGUUAAUCCUAUUGGUGUCCGAAGCUGCUACGAUGAGGGAAAGCGUACGGCCGAGACUUUGACCAUGGACUACCACCGAGGUGCCGGUGUCGAGGUUAGAAUUGCUAGAAUCUUCAACACAUACGGCCCCCGAAUGUGCUUAGAUGAUGGUCGUGUUGUUAGUAACUUCGUUGCUCAGGCACUAAGGAAGGAACCUUUGACCGUUUAUGGGGAUGGGAAGCAGACAAGGAGUUUCCAGUAUGUAUCUGAUUUGGUGGAGGGUCUAAUCCGUCUUAUGGAAGGAGAACACGUGGGACCUUUCAAUCUUGGAAAUCCGGGAGAAUUUACCAUGCUUGAACUUGCCAAGGUAAAGUUGGGUUUUUCUGUGGUCCAAGAAACAAUCGACCCUGAUGCGAAGAUAGAGUACAGGCCGAACACAGAGGAUGACCCACACAAGAGAAAGCCUGAUAUAGGAAGGGCGAAGGAGCUUCUGGGCUGGGAACCCAAGGUAGACUUGCGCAAGGGUCUCCCACUAAUGGUUUCUGACUUCCGGCAACGCAUUUUUGGUGACCAUAAGGAAGGUGCAACCAUCGCCUAAGUCUUUCUUGGAAUAUAUUACAUGUACGUGUUAGAGUGAGAAUGGGAAAAUAUAGUUCGAUGAUAACAAUUAGGGUGUUUCCCUUCUCCCGCACACAGGUCCAUUAGUCGCAUCAUCAUAUGAGCUCUACUUAAACCCCCUUUUGGCAUUUGUCAUCUGUCAGUCUUUAUAUGCGGGUUAUUUACCCUCUUUCAAGAUUGGUAGGCUAGUCAUGAUUCCAUUUAUCAAAUUUCUGCCAUCUAUAUUCUAUUUCUAUUUUUUUUUUUUUGGGGAUGUAAUUGGUAUGUGCAAGAGGUUACAGUUAUAGUUAUUACAACAUUUUGCCUUCACUCCUUCCAUUUCAGUCGAAUUUCUUUACUUCAACACUUAUUUGCAAUUUGAUCUUUAGACCUUAGAGUUUGCUACCGUCAUGUUGAGAUAAUUACGAACAUCAUCAUUCAUUGUUUUAAGAUUUCCUUGUACAACAAACUAGUCUAAUAGUCGUAUAAUUUGUAAGAACAGAGUAAUCUUUUUGAACUAUUAUGAAUCAUACCAAAUGGACUGGCUGGGAAUCUCGCACCGUAUGGUACUAGUAUGAAAAUUGUACUAAAACAUUCGAUACACUUAACCAUUAAGCCUUAGUUUUGAAACAAUUUAGAUCACAUGAUAGAUGAAGUUGGGCAGGGUAAAAUACAAUUUUAAAACAAGUUGCCUACAUGGUCAUAAUUGACAAUACCCACUGGAGGCGGUUUAUAAUUUUACAUUGACGGGCAGCGUCCUAGGAAAGGUUGCUUCCUGCCGUUUUGUUUGGUGGAUACCUUGUUUGCCAGCAUUAGCAGGGGGUGCAUCUGUUGUCAAUUUCGGAAAGCUAUCGUUUCAGUUGAUUGAAAGGACUUGCCUUGUAGCUCCCUCGUCCAGACAAGUGAUGAUAUCUGCAAAGACUAGUUCUAUGUUUUCAUUAAUCUCUCCACAUGUUUAUGUCAUGCCACAUUCCGGGAUAUGAUUUUAUGGUCUUAUCUACGCUACUCGCUUGCCCAUAUAAUGCGUUGCUUAUUUUUGGGUAUGUCACUGUAUCUUUCUCUCUUCACGCAAUUCUCAGUAUAGAAAUGUCUACCCAAAAUCUCAUAAAAUGAGACCCAAAAAGGGGUAAUUUGAUAACAAAUUAGAUUCAAAAAGCAAAUAUGUAGAUCACCUCAUGUAAACUCCCUUCAAGACUCACGCUGGUUAUUAGCAUUUCCAAUUCUGCUUUUAACCUGGGUUUGUGAUAUAUCAACUUGCUUUUAUUUUUAAAAUACAUUGAACAUAAAAUAAAAUCCAUGUUUCUUUUUUUUGUUUAAACAAGUCUACCAAAUGUCACGUAAGUCUCUCCAAGUCUCCUUUGACACAAUCUUUGAAGGCUGAAUCGAUGACAUCCCCUGCGAUAACUAUUUUUCACUUUCGUAUAAUAUCUUCCAUUCUUGUCAACAUGUCUUGCAACCACGGGAAAUGGCUUUAGUUUCUCUGAUAUCUGGCAUACACUAAAACAUUUGCAUAAACCAUGUCAUAUCUUUUGUGUCAACGUAAACCAUGUUAUACACUCAUUGAGGAGAUAAAGAGGAAGUUUUGAAUGGUGUCCACAAUCACACAAAGGACAUUCAUUAUCGUUCCUUACGUAUGGUCUUAAUUAAAUACCCACUUAAUAUAUAAUAAACUUUUGAAGGUUGAUAAAGUAAGUUAAAAAUUUAUUAAAAUUCAGGGCUCAUUGAUCUGAUUUGACCUUUAUCCCAUAUUAAACUAACAAUCAGGUCAAUGUUUCAACCACAUUAUGAUAAAAUUAACUUCAUAAGUUGAAAGUAGCAAAUUAAGUUCUUUAAAUCGGGGCAAAAGCCUUUUCCAUAAUGUGCGAUAAAGUAAGGAAUUGUUAGGAUAAGCCUUAUUUCUAUUCUAACGAGACAAGACAUCUGAUGCUAUCUUUUCUUUAUUUAUGAAUUUGCAUUGUUGCGCUUAUUUAUUCUGAUUAAGAAGAUCCAAAAAAGAAAUGCUAUUGUUUUCCAAGCGUUGACCUUUUAUCCUUUGUAGACAACACGGUUUUCAAAUAUAACACGUACGAGAUUUAAUUACUAAGCUCAUGAGAUAUGAAUUUUAAGAUUACUUUGCGUAGGAAUUAUUUUGAUUAGAUAAAGUUUAUGUUUAAGCAUAGUGGUAGUGAAUAAUAAGACCAUGAUCCGAUGCAGUAGAAAAGUUAGUGUUAAAAUUAUCUAUUUCAACUUUAAAGAUAUUGCAAAAGUUUUUAAUUUUAUUAAAUUAUUUUUCUUUAUGUACUUGAUACGUGGGAGAGGUUCCAUACAAUUAUAGUUACUUCAACAUUUUACCUUCACAUACUACAUUUCACUCAGAUUUUUCAAUCACUUGUUCGAAAUUUGAUCUUUGGUUUUGUAAAGUUUGCUGCCUUCAUGUUGAAAUCAUUCUUAUGAUCAUCACCAUUCGUGGUUUAAGAUUCCAUUUUGCAACGAACUAAUACGGUAUAGUAAUAUAAUUUGGAAGAACAAAGAAAUCAUGUUGAACUACUAUGAACCUUACCUAAUUAACUGCCCCAGAGAAGUCCUACCAAUAUUUGUACUUCAAUGAAAAUUGUACUAAAACAGACCAAUCGAAAGUGAGUUGGCCACAAAAAAUACAUAAUUUUCAAACAAUUUGUAACUACGUAGUCACAAUGGACAAUAUCCACUAGGAAAGUGGUGUCCUUGCAACUCAUCAAAAUUGAUUCACCGUUUUCCUUGGACAUUUUGUUUAUCAACAUUAACAUGUGACGGUGUUGAUGUCAAUGUCUAAAUGCUGUCAGUUUGAAUUGGUUAAGAGGACUCAAAACUUGUUUUGCUAGUGCGCUUGUCUAACCAAGCCAUAAUGUCUGAAAAUACAAGUGUGAUGUUUUCUUCAGUUUCUCCUGAUGUUACAUCAUAACACAUUCCUUUAUACAAUUUUAUGGUCUUGUCUGUGCUACUGGCUUGCUCAUACAAUGCUUUGCUUAUUUUCGGAUCUGCUACUCCUCUCUCUCCUUGUAAUACUAAGAAUGGAAGUUUCACCUACUCAAAACUCAGAAUGAGACCCAAUAAAAAGGGCAAUUUUCUUUGUAAGCAAAAAAGGGUGGGGUAAUUCGGGUUCAAAUUAGAUUAAAAAUCAAAAUUGCAUAUCACCUCAUGUAAUUUAUCUUUGAGGUUCACACUGGUUCUCGACAUUUCCAUUGUUUUUAACUUAGGCUUGUCCUCAUGUAAUUUCAAUUUGUUAUUUCUUAUCUGCAAGCAUCAUUAAAGGACAUAUAAUCAAAUUUGCAUUAUAAAAAGUUAUAUAUAUGAAAACUCAUGUUGUAUUUCGUUUCAUUCUGAUAUAUAUAUUAAAUGGUACCUAAAUCUCACCGUAUCUCUUUUGGCAUGGUUUUUUAAGGCAGAGUCUGUGACAUCUUUUGUGGGAAAUAUUUUCAAUAUGGGGAUAAUAUCAUCCACUUUUGUCAAAAUGUUGACAACCUUGGGAUGCGGCCUUAGCUUCUCUGAUAUCUGAAAAAUGUUUGUAUUUAUAUAUAAACGAUGUUAUUAAGUAGAGAAAGAGGAUGUUUUGAAUGAAUGUCUUAGCUUCACAAAAAGUGUUCAAACCUUACACACGGGUGCAACAAAAAUUGCACCAUCCCAAAAUGAAGGGCAUUUUUUAUGCAAUAGUAGACACACAGCCCCUCCCGUUGACUCUCCAUACAAGAACUUGGCCAUUCCCUUAUACUCUGGAAACUCUGAAAUAUUCAAAGGAGUCAACAACUCAAUAUAUUCUAAAGUGUUUCAGCAUUGAGAUUAUUUAUUGCUUCUAUAAGGUUAGAUAUUAAAUCGGUACCACAAACUGACUUGAAAAAGUCUUCACAGUCAUUAACAACAUCGUCAAACUUUUUUGUGAGACAAUGGACACCUGCAGAACGUCCAUGUCCUUCAUGGUUUACCCCAAACGCAGCAUAUCCUGCAUUUGCGAACUUCUCUCCACAUGCUAGAAGCAUAAAACGAACAACAAAUCUUAUCUUAUUUGAUUUGUUUGAU